AUGGUGGUGCCUGCUGGUAAGAGUUUCUUGACGCAAGCCCUCGUAUUUAAUGGUCCGUGUUCAUCUUCAUCAAUCACAUUUCAGCUUUUGGGCACUAUUAUCGCGCCAAGUAAAAGUAAUUUCAAGAAUCCUUCGGAAAAAUGGUUACUUUUCUCAAAAGUUAAUGGGCUAGUUAUCAAUGGAAAUGGAAGCUUCGAUGGUUCGGCGACUAUGAACGAUUGGUGGAAAGGUUCAAGUAUCGCGACUGGGCCAAUAGUAUUAUACUUAUCUUCGUGCUCAAACCUAAGACUUAAUGGCCCAUCAUUCUUCCGGCCACCAAAAGCUCAUAUUAAUAUAAAUGGUUGCAACAAUGUGACUAUCUCAAACAUUCAAAUAAACGCGCCAGAAAAUAGUCCAAACACUGAUGGUAUCGAUAUUUCCGACUCUAGUGACAUAAAUUUUAGUGACAGCAAAGUACAAACAGGCGACGAUUGUGUUGCUAUUAAUGGUGGAAGUGCAAAAAUCAAUAUAACACGUAUCAAUUGCGGCCCAGGCCAUGGAAUAAGUGUUGGAAGCUUAGGAAGAUUUGAAGGUAGAAUUGAAAACGUUGAAAAUGUACACGUCAAAAAUUGCACAUUUACAAAAACCACAAAUGCUGCUAGAAUAAAAACAGCAAAUGGUGAAAGUGGAUCUGCUAAGAUGAUCUCAUACGAAGAUAUCAUCCUGAUCGAUACCGAAAAUCCUAUCCUAAUUGACCAAAACUAUUGUCCUAGACAAAAUUGUUCUAACAAUAUGUCGAAAGUGAAAAUAAGUGAUGUGACAUUCACCGGAUUCAAAGGAACGACUACAUCUAAUGUUGCGGUAAAAUUAGAUUGUAGUUCGGGAGUACCAUGUAUGAACAUUAAAUUAGAUAAUAUUAAGAUAAGUGGUUCAGCCAGCUUAAAAGAUCCAGUUACAUCGGUUUCUAACAAUGCCUUUGGAAGUUCAAGCCCUACGAAUAUUCCCAAAGUGACUAUGUCAUCAUAG